GCUCCCGCAGCUGCACCGCACAACCAAGCGCUUUCAGACGCUCCUGUUCAGUUGGGACCUCCGGGGUUUUUUUUUUUUUGUUUUGGAACAGUUUGAGGUGACAAACCGGGCACAGGCCACCUGGAUUCUCGGACGUUUUGUCGGAUUUCCAAGAUAGCGUUGAGAUGGUUCCUCACAUCCUCACACACCUGCUCUGCCUGGUGUGUCUGUGUUCUGGUCGUCCUCAACCGGCACCGUCACACUCGGUGAGGAUGGAGAAUAACUCGCCUGCAGCUGGCUCUCUGGCAGGCCGAGUGGUGCUGCCGUGCCACUUCUCCAUAAUCCCAGUCUCUCCCAGCAGCACACACAUUCCUACACCUGGACCUCUCCCGCUCGCCGACGCUCACCACAACCCGAGUCCCGAGGAGCCGCUGAGGAUCAAGUGGACGAAACUGGAGGGAGAGGUGGAGAAGGUGGUGCUGGUGGCCCAGGGGGGGGUGGUGAAGGUGGGGCAGGAGUACAGGAGCAGGGUGUCGGUGCCCAGCCAUCCGCUGUCGAUCGGGGACGCCUCCCUGAUGAUAGUGAGACUCAGGGCCAGUGACGCAGGGCUUUACCGCUGUGAGGUGAUGCAUGGGAUGGAGGAUACUCAGGACACCGUCAGCCUCAACGUCACCGGUGUUGUGUUCCACUACAGAGCUAACAGCAGCCGCUACAAUAUGGCUUUUCCGGAGGCUGUGGAGGCGUGUCACGACGCAGGUGCCUCCAUCGCUUCACCUGAACAGCUGACGGCUGCUUUUGAGGACGGAUUCGAUCAGUGUGAUGCAGGCUGGCUCGCCGACCAGUCGGUCAGAUAUCCAAUCACCAUGCCCCGUCCCAGCUGUGCAGGUGAUCUGAUCAGCAGGCCAGGAGUGAGAACAUACGGCCUCCGCGACCCCACAGAGAAAUACGACGUUUACUGCUUUGUAGACAAACUAUACGGCGAGGUCUUCUUCCUUACAUCCACCAGCGAUAAGCUCACCUUGCAGCAGGCGAGAGAGGAGUGUGAGAAGCACGAUGCCGUGUUGGCGUCGCCCGGUCAGCUGUACGCAGCCUGGAGGGCGGGCCUGAACCGAUGCGACUACGGCUGGCUGUCCGACGGCAGCGCCCGCUACCCCGUCACCGUCCCCAGGCCUCAGUGUGGAGGAGGCCUGCUGGGGGUUCGCACGCUUUACAAGUACAGAAACCAAACUGGCUUCCCAGACCCCACGGACAAGCACGGAGCUUUCUGCUUCAAGGCCAAACUACCAGAGCCAACUACCGUGAGUCCAGCCAUGACUCCAGCUAUGUACAAACCCAACGACCCCACGUACGAUCCCCACACUCCAACGCUGUGGCCACUCUUAGACCCUGAAACAGCUGAAAUUCAAACAAGAACAGCAGAGCCUUUCGCGUACUCACCAACAGAUAGACCACACACAGCCUCACCAGAUCAGCAUGGGGCCCCCCACACUUCCCUUCACACCACAGCUUCUGUGACCCCUACUCCCUUCUUAGACGACAAUUUUCAUCAUUUUGACAUAAAAAAGGUGGAGUCGGUACCAGUUAGAGGAGACGUUUUGGUCAACGUGCAGCCCCCUCCCUUACCCACCACCCACUCACAGACCGCACACCUUGACAUCACCCAUGGGAGAGAGGAGGGAGGCCAUGCGGGGUUAGGCCAAGGUGAGGGCAUCGGCAGCGGGGAGGAAGGCAGCAGCGAUGACGGCUCUAGAGGGACUGAGAUGGAAGCGGUGGUGUUGUUGGAAACCAAACCAGGACCAGGUUGGCUUCUAGACACCAUCGCAGGGCCGGAGCUGGGCGUGGAAACCACAUCAAAACCAUCACAGCUUCUAGACACCAUCGCUGAGCUGGAGCUGGACAUGGAAACCACAUCGAAAGCAUCACGGCCUCUACAGACCACCGCAGGGCCGGAGCUGGACGUGGAAACCAAAUCAAAUCCAUCACAGCUUCUAGACACCAUCGCAGGGCUUGAGCUGGACGUGGAAACCACAUCAAAACCAUCACAGCUUCUAGACACCAUUGCUGAGCUGGAGCUGGACAUGGAAACCACAUCGAAACCAUCACGGCCUCUACAGACCACCGCAGGGCCGGAGCUGGACGUGGAAACCACAUCAAAACCAUCACAGCUUCCAGAGACCACUCCACAGCAUGUUGUCCCAGAGAUCCUCACCCCAGAGCAAGGCCUCCCAGAUGGUAGUGGGGAUGACGGGCAACAACAACCUGCAGUUGUUUUUAAAGAGGAUGUCGCCCCUGAAGCUACAUCGACGCUUGACCUCAACCAAUCACUCGCCAUUCCUGUAGGGGAAAAGUCAUCGGCCAAACCACCUUUCCAUCUCAUCAUCGUCAAUGUGCACAACCAAAAUCAGUCUCACUCAGUUGACCAUAUCCUGGGCAUCAUAAAGGGGUCCCAGUUCCCCCCGAUCCCUGACAUUUCACAUGUGAGCAGCGAAGCUAUCCAGAUCAGCGGAGACAUCGACUCUCUCGAGACCCAACCCAUCAACCUGCCUCCAACUGUCAGCUUUGUCAACGGAAAACAGGAGGUGACGUUUGAGCCCGAGCAGCCAGAGGAAGCAAGAGGGGAUCAGUUUGAGACGGCCUCUCCUGUUCCGAUAGAAGGCGGGGAAGGAGUGGAGAUAGAGGAGGGAAGCAAGAGCCUUUUUGACUACAGUGUUAUAGAAAUCCACACAGAGGAGACACCUACAGAGGAAACCAGUGAUGCAGUCACUCAUCCUGUAGAUACAUACCCAGAUGUAGUUCCAGACUCAGGCAUAGAUGCCUACAUAGACACUUAUGUCUUUACAGACUUUGAGAGCGUCAGAACUCAAGAACCAGAUGAUCAGACGACCACCACAACCCCAGCCGCCACCUCCCCAAAUACACACCGUGUCUCAUCACCAGCACCUACCACACCAUCAGGCCCCGUCCUCCCUGGUGUCUCUCAGCCUGUCAAUGAUUCGGUCUCCAUCUACCAGGACGUCGAAGGUUCUGCAAACUGUGGCACUGACUGCGCUAAGCAGGAGGGCUCUGCUGACGAUGCUUUGCCCACCACGACUGCAGACAGCCAGUUGGGUGUUAUGACUGAUGAGGCCGAAAUAGGGGGGACCGAGCUUCCUACUUUUAUACCAGACACACAGUAUCAAGAAACCACCAGACAGACCCAGACUGAAGACUUUGAAGAUUCUGCCUCUGGAGAAGACGAAGCUUCAGGGCAAGACCCACCAGAGGCUCCCAGGCUUACCAGCACGCUACCACCGAUUCAUUCUACCCUUCGCACCCAGCAGCCUCAGCCUGUAGCGGUGACUGAAGUCACAGAAGUCCCUGUAGUUUCACUGGCUGUUGACACAGUUACAGAAACAGGCUCGGGUGCAAAGGAGCUGUUUAGAGAGAUGGAGGUGUCUGGGGACCACCAAGAUCAGAUUGACUUUAUUUCAGAAGUUGCUGUUACUGUUUUACCAGCUGCGGCAGCUGUUGGAGAGCAAACCACACACGUGAAGGACACAACCUCAGAACCCAGCACAUCAUCAACCUCCCCGUAUCCCUCCCUUGCUCCCAAAGACGAUGGCAGUACCACCAAGCCUUCACCCACAACCUCUGAUGUCCACACCACACACCCCACCGAGCCUUACAGAGAUCAGACUGAGCAGUCCACCACAAGUUCCACUGAGUAUGUAGGCCAGCCAGGACUUUCCACCACAUCGCCCUUGUACACGUUCGACCAAAGCAACCACUCCAUCCCCCAGUGGGCACUGUUCCCCGACCCGGCUUCCACUCCUCUUCCAGAGGACGAUUUUAUUGACUACGAAGCGAUUGUCCCUUCUCUGGUGGAGUCACAUCCUCCGAUACUGAACGAGACGGUGGCCACAGAGCAACCAAAGACCAGCACUGGCGUUUACUCUGAGGAGGACAGCACUGUGAAUGUCAGAGAUCUCCUGCCGUGCUCGGGCAGUGUGUGUCAGAAUGGAGGCUCCUGCUACAAGAGGGGGACCCAAAAUAUCUGUGCGUGCGCACCUGGAUACACCGGGCAGCACUGUGAAACAGAUGUUGAUGAGUGCCAGUCCAACCCGUGUCUGAACGGAGCCACCUGUCUGGAUGGGGUCGACUCCUUCACCUGCCUCUGCCUGCCCAGCUACGCGGGAGAGCUCUGCGAACAAGACACCGAGAUGUGUGGUUUUGGCUGGCAGAAGUUUCAGUCCCACUGCUACAAGUACUUCACACACCGUCGGACCUGGGAUGCUGCUGAGAGGGAGUGUCGGCUGCACGGUGCCCACCUGGCCAGCAUCCUGUCACAGGAGGAGCAGCUGUUCAUCAAUCGUCUGGGCAGUGAUUACCAGUGGAUCGGCCUGAAUGACAAAAUGUUUGAGCGGGACUUCAGAUGGACAGAUGGCAGGCCAAUGCAAUAUGACCACUGGAGGCCGAACCAGCCAGACAGCUUCUUCCAGUCAGGAGAGGAUUGUGUGGUGAUGAUUUGGCACGAGGGAGGACAGUGGAACGACGUGCCCUGCAACUAUCACCUGACCUUCACCUGCAAAAAGGGAACAGUGUCCUGUGGGCAAGCCCCAGUGGUGAAGGAUGCUCGAGUGUUUGGGGCCGUGAAGCCUCGCUACGAGAUCAACUCCCUGCUCCGCUAUCACUGUAAACAGGGCUUCAUCCAGAGAUAUGCCCCGACUAUACGCUGCCGGGCCAACGGCCAAUGGGACACACCCAAAGUUACUUGCAUGAGCCCCACAACCUACCACAAGUCAUUUACUUUACAACGCCGCAACAACCAGAACCAGGAGCAACAAAACAGGCACUAUAACCAUCACAUUCAUCACACCAAGGGUCAUCAGAAACACAGUCAAAACCCAGAGCAACAGCAGAGUUACAACAUCCUGCAGAGCCUCUGGAACCCUUUCCAGAAUCGAGUCCAGCAGCUGCUGAGGGAGAAGCGGGAACUGCAGGGCCAAACACACAAUGAGGACAGGAUGAGACACUGAUUCGCUUUUGCGUUUAUUUGUAAAUCAGCUUCGCAGCUGCAGCCAGUCACAGUAGGUUGGCCAUGUCGGUACAGAGCCAUCAAUAGACAGAUGGAGUACAACUGUCUAUCGAUGGCUCUGAAAGGGGGAGACGUUUCACCAGUACGUUGCCCACAAACGAUUCCAGGAUCUGAACCAUAGCACGAGUGAGAAUUUGGUUCAUUCGUAAAGUUAGCUCAGAUUAUAUCAAAUCUCCCUGCAAUGUCACAAUGCUCUAAACAGGAAGACCGGUGCUUUCAUGGUCUCACUGCGUGGUAAACUUGACAGUCGAACACCACACGGGUGGUCUGUGCAACUCCAGUGAGUCGUCAGAUUGUGAUGCUGUGUUCACUUUCUCCUGACCCCGAGAGAAUGUGAAGACAAUAUGUUAACCCAGUGCCUUCUGUGAAAUCUUACUUUAAAGGUGCCCUGUGGAGUUUUUCUGUGAACCGUGUUUACAUUCACUGUUUCUCACCAGUGAGAAACAGUGACUUCUGUGUAUCUUUGCAUUUCCUUUAUCAUAAAAUGUUGGCAAAGCACAUUUAUUUGGAAGAAUUUGAAAUCUACAUUGUUUAUAUCAGUGUUUGCUAUUGAGAAACUCUCAAAGGACUGGUACGACCUGCGAGGCCAUGGUCACAUGACCCAUGGGGGUUAGCCAAACUAGGACUCCCGCUAGGAGGAAGCUAAUCUGCUAGCAUGGUUACUAUUAGAUUGUUAUCUCAUAGACCAUCUCUGGUUGAGGAUAGUGGCUCUUAAUAACCGCUACUGGCAGAACACACCCAAAGCUCUGAUGUAGGCACCAGGUUUUGACAGAGAAGAAGAAUGUGUGCUAACUAUCCAGCAUGAGCUCAACAAUAGCUAGGUUUCCACCCAAACGUAGCGCAAGAUGCAAACGGAUUUUGAGAAACUCCGCUAGAAUGCUAAUUAAUUCCCGUUUCCAUCCACACAUGAGACGAGGUCGUUAAAAGAGCUGCGGUCGGAGCUCAGACGAUGGGAAACCGCGUGGAGAACGUGAUGGAGAUCUGACGUUUCUGCUGGUUCCAUGUGGGAAUGUGAGGGAAGGUUCCAGCCUCCUCAUGGCUCCUCACAGACCUGAUGGUUUCCUCUCUUCGCGCUUCAUGUCUGUUUCCAUUGCACUUUGUGGCAAUGGUAUCGAUGAACCAACUUUUCAACCUCAGCCGUAAAAAGGGAAAAUCAUUAACAGAUUUUGUUGAAUCUCCAGCGUAGAAUUUUUCAUGCGCAAAUUGAAAAUGCUCAUGAAAACUGGUGGAUGGAAACCCAGCUAAUGUUGUCGAAGAGCAAUGCUAAAUCGGUGAAGUGGUCCUUUAAGUUCUUCCUCGCUGUUUACUUUCGUACGGAACAAGCGGACAAGCUACCAAGGCGACCAAAAGGUAGCUCACUGAUAACGUCAGCUGUGUCCUUAACCCUUGCCCUGCCUCCUGUUUUCCUCUUUCUUGUCUUUGCUGGUGUACCGCUGCAUUUCCUGGCCCGUUACCACUUCCGCCCGGUGCUCAGUCGAUUGGCGCGAAACCAUCGGCGGGACUGUAUCACGUCACCCGCAGAGACAAGAUCCCAACAAAACAGGAACCCCCUCCUAAAAACUGUCGCUCCAUGGUGCUACUAGUGUUCAAAAACUCCACAGGGCACCUUUAGUUUUGGGAAGAUACAGCACAUACAGAAUGAGCAGUGCAGUGCCAGUCUCACUACCAAAACACAAUGUUUGAAAUAUUUGUGGUUUAUUUUUAUAUGAGCUAGUCCAGUAGUUUUGAGAAUUUAGAUCAUGUUAUUGAUAGACUAUAAAGAGCAGGAAUCCAUCACUUUAAAUUAUUAUCACAGAACAUUUUCAGCUUGUCCAGUCUCGGUUUUGCUGCUUGUUACGAUCCAUUUUCUACUGGUUGAUUUCCCUUGUAGAGCUUUGUACAAAAUGUUUUAGCAUAGAAACGGUUUUAAAAGGCGAGAUGGGGGAUUUAAAGAGCGGCACACGGAGCUAAGGAGCGGACGGCAGAUUGUUAUGAAUGUGUGGUUUGUGUGCUGUGGCUAUUAAUCAUAGGAUAUAUAAUAUAGACACUAUAUGAAGCCAUAUGAAUUUAACUUAUUGUACACUUUAAAACUAUGAAUGGACUGUGACUGUGAUAUCAAAUAAAGGUCAUUGGAACCGAAGUGAUUCUGUCAGUGAUGACUUUCGUGCCGUUUACAGAUUCAGUCAUGUUGUUUCUUGUAGAGAGAUCAUCUUAUCAUUAACAGUAGUACAUGCUGCCGUGGUGGAUGUUCGGCGCAUUUGUUUAGCAGCGUUGACGCUUUCCAUUGUGCUGUGACUCGAAAUCAACCCAACCAAUUCACCGCCAAAAUGCUCCUGAUGGUUUUUUUUUUUUUUUUGAACAUUUUCUGCAUUAUUAAGUUGCGUUUUGGAAGUGUUUCCAGCUUAGAUGUAGUAUGUUGCUUUUUGCUACAGAUCAGGAAACUGUGUUUUUAACCCAACACAUAAGGGAAUGUGAGAAAGACGUAUACAGACAACUUCUACGUCCUCCGCUAUAUUUUUUAUGAGCUCUUUAUGCAUUUUAUCUUCAUUUUCCAUGUUCUUCAUACAUUUAUUUUAUAUAUGGUUUGACAAUGUAUUGUAUAUGCAUUUUAAAAAAAAUCUUUUUCUACUCCAUGUGGUUAAUGGGGUUUACUGUGUCUGUGGCACAAGAGCUAAUUUUUAUGUACUCAUUGUAUCUUUCUCCAUUCAUGUUACUGUAAAAAUGUCUAUCAUCCUGGUCUUAAUGUCAUUGUCAGCUGUGU